UAGAUACCAAGCGACGUUGUGCAAAGACUGUCUCUCGAAUGUGACACGCUAUCCUUUGCGGUUAGCUUUUACCACCUUCUCUAGGUCGUGCUACAAACCCUUGGUUUCCAAAACGAGAUUAUCGAUAUAUAUCUUGUGGUUGAUAAAUCCACCUUGGUGAUUGUAUUAGAUAUUCUCAGAUAACAUAACUAUGUAUCUUUAUCAAUAUCUGAUUAUCAAUUAAUACACUUUUAGAUAAGAAGGUAGUGAGAAAAUUUUAAUCCAUAAUGUUAAAUUGUCUUGAGUAAUAGGUGACUAAUGUUGUUAUUUAGUUACACAACUGUGUUUUAUGACCAGUGAUUGUUAAUUUUGUUAUUAAUUCGCAUUAUAAAAUAUUGCUACUGUUAGUUGUUAAUAAUUCUCACUUUGGUCAAUAUGUAGCAAUUUUAAAUAGAGAAAAAAAUGUUUAGAUAAAAUUUCAGGUAGCUGUACAAUCAAUUUGUUUGAAAUUUGCGAUAUUUAGAUAAUGAAUGUAAUAUGAGUUGGUUCAAACGAACUAAAGGUUUUGAAAAAAUAGAUGAUUUUGAUUUAUCAGCAUGCUUUGACAGCUUCAAUAAGCAUUGGCAACAAACAUUUGAAAUUAUUGAUAGAAUUCAAACAACAAAAGGAGUGAUUAAAUAUGAUGAUAUUUCAGCAGUUAUAAAUCAUUUAAACCAGUUAGUUAAAUUAUUACUUCUGGAUGUACAAUCAGCUAAUUCAACCAAUCAGUCACCAUGUUUAGAAUAUUUUUUAAAUAAUCAGUUAUUAGGAAAAUUAUAUUCAUGGAGUUUAAAAACAGAUAGAUACAAAAGUUAUUUAAAAGCUGAGCUACUUAAAAUUUACAGUAUUUUAUUAACAGAAUUCAGAGGUUAUAAUAUUCUUCUUGAUGACUCUAUAUUAAAUCCAUUACUUCUAAUAUUAAAUUCAUGUGAUGGUGAUUCUUUAUCAGUGACAAAUGAAAAACAUUUAGUGACUGUUUUAAGACAAUUUUGUAUUCUUCUUUCUCAUCACUCCAAUAUAAUAAAUAGUAUAUUGAAAAAUAAUUUUAACAAAAGCUCUAAAUGUAUUGUUCUUUCAUUACUAAUGUCAUUUAUUCAUCGUGAUGGUUCAAUUGGGGAAGAAGCUCGUGAUGCUUUAUUAAUUUUUGUUUCUCUAUCACGUAGCAAUGAAAUGUUAGCUAAUACUUUAACAUUAAAAUCAAAUGUCAGUCCUGUGUUGGCUACUGGUUUAAGUGCUUUAUAUUCUGUGUUACCACGGAAAUUAGAUUUUGAAAAUGAUACAUAUAGAUUAACUCCAGAAAACAUUGAAGAUGUCCCAGAACUUAGUAAUUUUUUGGCUUCUGUAGAAUUAUGUAAUGCUGUUGCCAAAAUAUGUCAUAAAACAGUACACGAUCAACUUUUGGAUUAUUUAUAUCAUGGAUUUCUUUUACCAGUUGUUGCUCCAGCAUUAAUGCAGGUGGCUGAACAAGAAGUAGCUACGGCAACAGUAUAUCUAGAUUUACUAUUUCGAAGUAUUACACAUCCUGGAUUAUUACAAACAUUUGUUAAAUUUAUACUUUGUGAAAGAUUUGAAAAAGUUAAAAUAAUUGAAUUAUUCAUUAAUCGAAUUAAUAGUAAAUCUCCUAAGGUAUGUACAGCUACUCUUGCCUUGAUGGAAACAAUUGUAGAUUUAAAUUGUGAAGAUAUCAUGUUGGAUUUAAUACUAAAAUAUUUAGUACCAUGCACUCAUAUAAUGCUUAGCCAACGUUCUCGAAUUAAGCAAACAGAUAUUUAUUGUAAAUCAGCUGAUAUAUUUUUAUCAUUAAUACCGGAUUUAUUUGAGUAUAAAGAUAUAAAUUCCGAAGUUUUACACCUAGAAUAUUGUCAGUAUUUAUACUUUGCUCGUGUUAAGAUAGCUGAAAGUGCUCGAGAAACAUAUAAUUGGACAUAUUUGUAUGAUGGAGAAAAUCCUUCAAAUUCAAUCAUUGAAAGUAAAACAAGUGACACAGAAAUUGAUCAGAAUAGCAUUUUGUCAGCAGAUGAUAGUUCUAGUGGUUAUGAAAGUUUUAAAACUGGAAAAGAUGUUGAGAAAACAAAUGAUGAAAUGUUAUCAAAUUCUUCAUCUCUGUGUGAAAGUGACUCUCCAACUUAUUUUAUUCGUCAGUCUUAUUACAAAACUAAAGAAUCUCAUUUACAAUAUCCUUAUUUAGGUCCUUUUGUUGAAGCAUUAUUUUCAAAACUAGAAAAUUUUCCGGAACAAGAUUUUCGAAUUAAUUUAUAUUUAACCUCAGUAAUGACACGAUUAGCAAUUUACAAUAACCCACUAAUUCAAUCAUUAUUACUUAAUCACUCAAUGAUUUUUCAACCUUCUAUAAGAUCUUUACUUCAGAUAUUAAGGUCUUUAAAGUACACAUUAGAGAGUAAACUACAAGGUAAUGUUGAAAAAAUGAAAUUAGCUGAAUUGUUCUUUGUAGAGCGAGACAAAAAGUUCAAUUAUAAUACCCAAGAUAGUAGAUGUAAUAUUGAAAAAAAUGUUAAAUAUUUGUCAAGAGGAGAAUCAAAAAGACGUAGUAUUUCUGAUGCAUUUGGAGCUAUGUUCCGAAAAAAUUUAAGCCAGAAAGAAGCUGUCUUGGAAUCUACUAAAAAUGGAGGCUAUAGAUAUUAUAAAGAAAACGCACCUGAAUCUCUAGACUUGCCAAUUAAUGCAAUCAUUUUCACUGAAUGGUUAAAAGAGCUAUCAGCUAUUUGUCAAGAACAUGCAAUUAAUUGAUAAGAUUUCCUAAUUUUAAUAAAAAAUUUUUUACUAAACGUACAAAGUUUGUUGUUUAAACAAACUGAACUAUUAGUUCAAAAGUUCUGCUCAAAAUUGUUUUUAAUAUUAGAUCUGUUACCUUAGUAUUUUAUUGGUUGAUAUAUUUAUUAAACUAAUUUCUUAAAUUCUUAUAACUGUUAAAUAUGACUUUUGAUAAAUGAAAUUAUUUAAGUGUCAAUCCUAUAACCGUCCAUUAAUGGGUUUAUCUAUUACCAUUAAAAAAAAUUACUAUACAUUAAUGAAACUUUAUUUUAUU